AUGCUCGCUGGCAGUAAGAGGGGGAGAGAUGAAGAUGAGGGCGACAAGGCGUUGGUAAGAGAGGUUUCCGCUGCAAUUCAGAGCAUGGCUGCAGAGACAGAGGACAUUGUGAGUAGUGUGGGGAAGGUGAAUGGCGCGGUGUUGGAUUCACUGUUACAGCGGUCUCGGCAAGCGGAAGAUGCGCUGAGCGCCGCCGGUGGAUCUGUCGCGCAGUUGUGGAAAUUGGUUGUGCAGGGUCAACAGGGCAGAGCCGCCAACGCAUUGAGCUGCAUCGCCGUCUCCGAUGAUGCGCAUCGAAAAGGUCAUCGCAUAGCCGCGCUUCAGCAACAGCUACUGAACUCCGCCUCCUUAGCCGCGGAGGAGGUGUCAAGUGGACUGAGCAAGGCCCAUGAGGCGACAGUCGCCUUGUUCUCCUCCCAACUAGCUGGGGAAAAGGAAACAAACGAGAAGCUUGUUUUGCGCGUACGAGAGUUCCUGCAGCAUUCACUUGAGGCCAUUCAGUCGUAUUCUUGCCGUGCAAUGGAGGCGGAACUCUCGCUGUUUAAGCGGAGUGUCUCCGUUUCCCGCCUCCAAAGUCUUCUUUCAUUCUAUCAAAAUGCGUCGCUGCGCCACCACGAGGAGGUUAUGGCGCUCAUCAAAAUUGUUCGCAUUCUCGCCGAAAAGAGCAAAGAUGUGGAUCUCGCCGAAACCAAGUUGCGUCAGUCCAAGGCGCACGUGAGGCUUUUGGAGAAACAUCUGGAGCUUUCGGGAGUCGUUCAGGCAAUUGUGCCACCCAACUUUGUGCCUCCACGUCAAGCCACAGAGCCACCGAGUGAAGCGUUGAGACGGACCGCGCCUGAAUACUUCGCCCUUCGGCUUUUGGAACAUGAAGACGUAACCCUUUCGGAGCUGGUGGACUCUUGGCAGAAGCAGGAGGCACGCAUCGCAGUGGCCGAGGAGAAGUAUCGGACGUUGGAGUUAUCAGUGGAGUCACUUCGUCGGGAGGCGCUGACGGUGCAACAGGGCUUCCUUGAAGAGAAGCGACGGCGGGAACUGGUGGAACAGCGCUUGGUUGAUCUUGUGCGUGAGAGGAUUCGUCCCAGCAAAAACGAUGCUCUAGUGCAACAACUCACUCUGCUCCGAGCAGACCACACAAAGGCACUUGAUGACUUGGCUCAAAUGGCUACCUUGCUUGGUGUUACGCGGGAGCAGUUAGCUUUGGAGCAGCAGCGAAAUGUGUCACUGGAGACAAAGUUGCAGCAGAUACAAGAUGAUUCGGCGAACGAUGUGGUGGCGCACACCUUGGCUUCGCUUCGCCACUAUUACGAGGAAGAACUUGAGCGUUUACGAAACGGAUUGGUGGAAGCUGAGACACAGAGUGCUGUUGCAGUGGCGUCUGCGGAGGCACAGCAUAAGGCAUUGGAAACCGCACACAACGCCCUGAUGGUCACAGAGCAGACCGUAAUGGACAUGUCUGCCACGCUGCAACGUGUAGAGAAUCAGCUGUGUGUUGAAAAUCCAAAGGGCGGCGGUGUGGCCUCGGGGCAGGUUGUGGAAAAUGCUGAGAAGAUACUGGCACAGAGUGAGGCGCAGCUAAACCAGGCAAUGUCAGCAUUUGAAAAAGUGAUGAAGGAUGCAGAGGUUCGACAACAGAAAGACAUGUCAUUUUUUGAACAGCAGGUGAAUCACUUGCUGGGGUCAGUGCAGGCACUCGUUCCCAUGGUGUCUACCGGGGAGCGUGUUGCAGACCCUGAAACGGCGACGGUGGUGCAGCAACAAGAGAUUCAAUCGGUGAUGCGAGGUGCAUUAGAGCAUGCCCUGCAAUUUGUUUCUGAUACUUUGGUCACAAACGAAAUAAGCAAGCGAAGUCUCCUGGACACAUCUAUUUCAGAUGCUAGUCAGGUCAGCCUGUUACUCGAAAAGGUGCAACAACUCACGGCAGACCGUGAUGCAGUCUUGGGACGUCUGGCGCAGUGUGAGCGACUCAUUGAUCAGCACAGCCUGACCGUUGUGGAGCGGGUUUUGAUGCACGAGGUCUCCGUUGAAGAAUCGAUUGAUGCCAUGGAGGCGGCUGAGCAGAUUACAACCUUGCGCAGAGAGGUAUCGUCACUUGAGGCCGCGCGUACUGCUGCACUCACCGAGGUGAAAGAGUUACGGAACGAAUUGAAGGAAGACAGCCAGGGAAAAGAAUCAGCUGCGGCACGGCUCGCAUUGCUUGAGCGUCACAACACUCGUUUGAUGAAAACCAUUGAGGAAUGCCUGGCUCGUGAGGUGACCCUUGUUGAGCAGGUGCACCAACUUCAACAUAAUCUGAAAAAAUGGGACACCACCGGGCCUUGGGUGGCAUCGACGAGUGAGUCGGAGCAAAAGACGGAAAUGGAGCGGUUUACACCGCUGAUGCAGCAACUAGAGCAACUCUUUGGCGGUAUAGGCGAGAUGAAGGAGCAGUUAUCGCAGUUACAAAGAACCGCAUCUUCUCCUUUUUCCUCAGCAGAGGGCGGCGAGGUGGAGACGCAGCUCCUGUGCAAGGGUGUGAGGCAGGUGGCUGACGCAUUGCGUGAGGCGCUUCAACACGCGGAGGUAUUUCGUCACACCUUUCCAAUGGAGGCUGUUGAGGAGGCAACACCGCUGACUCUGGGACCGGCCGCAGAAGCCGUGUUAAACGAGGGCGAACAUAACAAGCAAGAGAAGCUUGCGGAUCUACAGCGUCAACUGGCAGAGGCGCGUGGCGCGCAAACCUUGGAGCUCGGUGCGCGUGAUGCGGAGUUGGCUAGGCUCCGCGGCGAGAUCGAGACCCAUAGGCAACAUGAAGAAACACUGAAGAGGCAUGAGAAGGACCUACAGGAGCAGAACGAGGGCCUGCAAUUGAAGGUUGGUAGACUGUUGCAAAUCAAUAAACAGCUUUUGGAGGAGGUGAAGUCUUCUCGAACUGCCUCCGCCACCCUCAGCGUUGCUGAGGCGCCAUCGACAUAA